AUUCCACGACCCACGUUACCAGUUUUCGAAAGUGGUGCUGAGAGUGACUUUGCAUUGUUUAAGCUACAGUAGCAUUGGACAAUUUGUUGAGUAAUCACAAUCAUAUCAGUGAACAGUAUAAAUACCAUGUUCUACUAAGCCAUUUGAAAUUUUCCAGUGCUCAUCAGCUAGCUAAAUCCUUCAUGUACCACCCCCAGCCUUACACUGCUGCUCUGCAGGCACUUCAAGACAAGUAUGUCACGCCAAGACAGCUUGUUCAGUCCGAGUUGGGUGCCAUCCUGAGCACCCCGCCUCUUAAGUUUGGUGAUGCUAAUGCCUUUGAUUCAUUUGCAUUGUCAAUAGAAUCCUUAGUGGGUAUGCUGAGAGCUCUUGAGGGCCAGAAUGGUUAUGAGCUUUUGUGUGGCUCACAUGUGGACUGUCUCUUGAGUAAACUGCCACCAGCCUAUCGCGACAGUUUUGUUGAAUACUGUUUAAGUCGGGGUAUUCUCCAAACGGGCACCGACAAGACCUACACACUUCCUGAUUUUGCAGACUGGCUCCAGAUAAAGUCCCAAGCAAAACGGAUCUCCAGCAGAGCCACGGCUAUGUUCCAGAGUGAGACUCCAAAGGCCCCUGGUAGAGCUAGAGGAGCACCUCAUCCCAGGGAGCAGCCAAGGCCAGUUCUCCUGACAAGGGAGAGUACAACCAAGACUCCUGAGCCGACAGCACCUAAGUUCAGUUUCAAACCCAAGCCAUACUGUCCACACUGUGACAACAGGGAACACUAUCUCAACUCUUGCGAGGCUUUCAAGAAGUUGACUACCUCCCAGAUUGUAGCUUGGAUUAAAGAUAGUAAACACUGCUGGAGAUGCGGACGAUUCCAUGCUGUAGAGUCUUGCAACCUCAAACGUCCAUGUACAAUCUGUAAAGAGCUACAUCUCACAGUUCUUCACAAUUCUAUCAAAGACACCACCAGUGCUAUCCUUACCGUCAGCCUUCCAUCCACCCGGGUUUACUUGGACAGACCAAACCGUACACCUAGAGUCAUGCUGAAGGUCGUCAAGGUCCUCCUCCAUAAUGGACACCACACAAUGGAGGCACAUGCUGUUCUCGAUGAUGGGUCAGAGAGAACACUCGUGCUUUCCCCAGUCGUGCAGCAGCUCAAGCUAACCUAUACCCCAGAGUUACUUCAUUUACAGACUGUUCAACAAUCUCACACAGAACUUGUAGGGUCGUCUAUUUCCUUUGAGGUCUCAUCAGUCACCAAACCCAUGCAGAGGUUUACUAUCCCCAAUGCCUUUACUGCAACCGGUUUGAGCCUGGCGGAACAUAACUACCCAGUGGCUGUGCUUCAACGAGCUUAUCGUCAUCUAAGAGCUCUUCCUCUUCCCCCGGGUUGACA